GCGGCAGAGCGGCGGGGAGAGGCAGGAGCGGCGCGGAGGGAUGCGGCCAUGCAGCCGCUGGCGGCCUCCCCUGGCCCCGCCGCCCCGGCGGGCGCUGAGCUGCUGCGGUGGCAGUGGCGGGAGGUGCAGGCGCCCUGCCUGGUGGCCGCCUGGAUCCUAGUGGCCAGCCUGGCCAAGAUCGUUUUCCACCUGUCAAGGAAGGUGACAUCCAUCGUCCCAGAGAGCUGCCUCCUCAUCCUGCUGGGACUGGGCCUGGGGGGCAUCGUGUUGGCUGUGGCGAAGAAAGCUGAGUACCAGCUGGAGCCCAACAUGUUCUUCCUCUUUCUUCUGCCCCCCAUCGUGCUCGACUCGGGCUACUUCAUGCCCAGCCGGCUGUUCUUUGACAACAUCGGUGCCAUCCUUACCUACGCAGUGAUGGGCACGCUCUGGAACUCCUUCACCACUGGCACUGCGCUCUGGGGGCUGCACUGGGCCGGGCUCAUGGAUCCAGGCGUUGAAGCUGGGCUGAUGGAUUUCCUGCUCUUCGGCAGCCUCAUCUCAGCUGUGGACCCCGUGGCAGUGCUGGCUGUCUUUGAAGAGGUCCAUGUAAAUGAGACCCUCUUCAUCAUCGUGUUUGGCGAGUCUCUCCUGAAUGAUGCUGUCACCGUGGUGCUGUACAAGGUCUUCAACUCUUUUGUGGAGCUGGGCCCGGCACACAUCCAUGCCACAGACUACGUGAAGGGGGUAGCUUCUUUCUUCCUGGUGAGCCUGGGGGGCACAGCCGUGGGGCUGCUCUUUGCCUUCCUCCUGGCCCUGAUCACACGGUUCACCAAGCGCGUGCGCAUCAUCGAGCCACUGUUCGUUUUCCUCCUGGCCUACGUUGCGUACCUUGCUGCUGAGAUGGUCUCACUCUCCUCCAUCCUGGCAGUCACCUUCUGUGGGAUCUGCUGCAAGAAGUACGUGGAAGCCAACAUCUCCCAGAAGUCCCGUACCACAGUCAAGUACACCAUGAAGACACUGGCCAGCAGCUCAGAGACCAUCAUCUUCAUGUUUCUGGGCAUCUCAGCUGUAGACACCUCCAAAUGGGCAUGGGACACAGCACUGGUGCUGGGCACCCUGUUCUUUAUCCUGCUCUUCAGAGCUCUGGGCGUCGUCCUGCAGACCUGUGUGCUCAACCGCUUCCGCCUCAUCCCUCUGGACAGGAUCGACCAAGUGGUCAUGUCAUAUGGUGGCCUCCGCGGGGCCGUGGCCUUUGCCCUGGUCAUCCUGCUGGACAGGACAAAGGUGAAAGCCAAGGACUACUUUGUGGCAACGACCAUCGUGGUGGUGUUCUUCACUGUCAUCGUGCAGGGCCUCACCAUCAAACCCCUGGUGACGUGGCUGAAGGUGAAGCGCAGUGACCACCACAAGCCCACGCUGAACGAGGAGCUGCAUGAGCACGCCUUUGACCACAUCUUGGCAGCAGUGGAGGACAUUGUGGGGCACCAUGGCUACCAUUACUGGCGGGACAAGUGGGAACAGUUUGACAAGAAGUACCUGAGCCAGCUCCUGAUGCGGAAAUCUGCCUACAGGCUGCGGGAUGAGAUCUGGGACGUUUACUACAAGCUGAACAUCCGUGAUGCUAUCAGCUUCGUCGACCAGGGUGGACAUGUGUUCUCUGCUGCCAAGCUGGCGCUGCCCUCAAUGCCCAGCCGCACGUCCAUUUCAGAGUCAUCAGUCACAAACCUCCUGAGGGAGAGUGGGAGCGGUGCGUGCCUGGACCUGCAGGUGAUCGACACGGUGCGGAGCCGGCGGGACAAGGAGGAUGCUGCCAUGCACCAUGUGUUGCGAGGGAGCCUCUACAAGCCACGCCGGCGGUACAAGGCCAGCUACAGCCGUCACUUCAUCUCUCCAGAUAAACAAGAGCGCCAAGACAAAGAAAUCUUCCGGCAGAACAUGAAGAGGCGGCUGGAGACCUUCAAGUCCACAAAGCACAACAUCUGCUCCUCCAAGAGUAAGGCCAGGCUGAAGGAAAAGGGCAGAAAAAAGAAGAACAUCUCUGUGACCAGAGAGGCUCUCAAUGAUAAGACGCACAGAAACGUCCCCUGGCAGGAUGCUGGUGAGGCCGGUGGCAGGCAAGCUCCUGUCCUGGUGAUGGUCAGCUCAGAGGACGAGGAGAGUGACAGCUCAGAGACGGAGAGAGAGGACGACGAGGGGAUUGUGUUCAUCGCUCGAGCCACCGAUGAGGUCCUGCAGGGAAAGACAGCUUCUGACAGCCUGGAUGUCUGCCCCAGCCCCUGCAUCAUCCCACCUUCGCCCACCUUGGCAGAGAAGGAGCUGCCAUGGAAAGGAGACCAGGCUGAUCUGGCUGUUUACAUCUCCUCGGAGACCACCAAAAUCGUGCCAGUGGAUAUGCAGAAGGCGUGGAACCAAAGCAUCUCCUCGCUGGAGAGCAUUGCUUCCCCGCCGGGCAUCGAGAGUGGACCUCAGCACAGGAGGUUUGCCUGCCCUGUGCUGGAGGAGAAACCCCAGCCUACGAGUCCCGCCGUGAUGGAGCAGAGCUCCUGCUUCCAGUUCCCCAGCCAUGUUUCUAAGAAUGGGCGGUCACAGAGUGGCAGCAGCCCCGAUGGCGCUGAGCAGCAGGAGUUGCAGCCCUUGAUGGCCACGGAGGAGCAGGGCAGGGUGCUGCCCACCGCGGAGCCCAGGUGGCUUAUGUUCAACAGGGCGAGCCACCUCUGAGGGUACACACGGGGAAGGGCCUGUGGGCUGUGGAUGGUCUGUGACUGCUCUGCUGUCUUGCAUUGUAAAGCUUGUGAGUCUCCAUAAACUCCAGGAGUGGCAGGAGAACCCACUACUCCUCCCAGAGCUGCACUCCAGGGUGGGCUUUGCCCAUGUACCUAUUGACACAAACUGGUAGAUAACUGGGAUUUCUGCUACAACAGCAGGUACCAGCCUCCAUCCACCCAGACCCGAAACCUCAUUCUUCCUCUCUGGUUCCUACGUAUCUCUGCAGCUGGGAGGGCAGAGAUGUUCCUCCUAGGGCCGGGAUCCCAACUGGACUCCAUCCUGCCGUGGCUGUGCUGCCCUGGGGUGUGUGGGUGCUGGUUAAUGGGUUGUGGCUGCUUAUGGGUGUAGGAGCAUGGUGGAGCUGAUCUCCAAUCUACCUAUGAGUAGACCUCUGGAGAGAGCACUGGGAGAGGCACUGGUGCAUGGGAGCCCACCCACACCCAGUGAUGAGCUGUUGACUUUAAGGUGGCUAUAGUGCUGGUUCCUCACAGCAUGCAUGGGUGCACCCAGAAGGCCAGAGAUGGGCUUCUUGCCAUGGCAGCUCUGCAUUCCUGGGUUAUGGAGGUACCACAUGGGCAGGGCCGUGACCUUCUCAGGACUGGGAGCAGUGCUCCUGGGCUCUGGCUCCACGAGGAGCUGGACCAGUAAACCUGUAUGCACAGGGACUCCUCUAGAGCCAACCUGCUGUGCCAGCCUCACGCCUGUGGCCUGGAUGUGUUCCCAAAGCUGCUGUGUUCAGCUUUCAGACUUUGCCGGGGCAGCUGCCUACACAGCAUCCUUGGCAUUCAUCCUGCCCACAUCCCAGUCUUUCCAGUUGCCUGGGGCCCAUCAGCUGGGAGGGCUGGUCGUGGGGCAAGGAGUGAAGCAGCAGCAGGUAUGAAUGUACAUCAGGAACAGGGGUGAUAGGUGAGAACUGAGUGCAUCUCUAAAGGUCUGUCCCUGCUACCCCCCAGCCACCCUUGGGCCCUCCUGAGAGGCUGGCGGGACCUGGUGGCAACAGCUUUGGUGUCACCCCAAAGACCAAGAAUUGCUCCCCAAAAGCUGCUCUGCAUGCAAAAGCUCAGCACAGCAGCUGGGCACUAGCUCCUCUGAAGGAAGAAUGGGGAUUUGGGCUGGUAAUGCCCCAGAGCAGGUAAAUAACUGCCUGUUCCAGCUACAGGGGUGUGCUGGGACAGCAGGUGACAAGGGGAUACUUGGAUGUACUGGGUGAGUGAGCCCAGUGUGGAGCAGGCAAGCUGGUGGUACCCCCUGGUGCUGUCAGCAAGGCUCAACAAAGGCCAUUAUUGUGCUUGGUACCUGUUCCACUGGAUGAGCAUGAAGUUUUUAAAAGGUUUUUAUAUAGUUUUGCAUUCCUGGUAUGCCUUAUUCUGGUUUUGAUUUCUGAUAUUGGGCCAUACUAAAUCCCUAGCCGGGUCAGUGUUUUCUGUAGCCAUGGGCACCAUAUAUGACUCAAGACUUAAUCUCUUAUUUGCAAGAAUAUUGUUUUAAUGUGAAAAUAUAUGCAGAGUAUUUUGUAAUGUUCAAUAAAUUGGAGUUGGAGCAGACA